AUGUGGCACCGCGACCUCGGCCUAGAGCAGGAGAAGGAACGGGGGGUUUUUAAGAUUCUGGAGUUUUUUGGACACAGAAGGGACAAUGAUAACUUGGAAAAGUUACUGAUCACUGGUAAGGUGGAAGGAAAGAGACCUAGAGGCAGAAGUCCGAUACGCUGGACGGAUCAGAUUCGCACCACUCUCAACACUACAGUCCACGAUGCUCUUCACUCGGCGGCAGAUAGAAAUAGAUGGCGGGGAGUAAUUCGCAGUAUACUGCUUCCACGAAGUGGUCACUACCCUCAGUACUAA